AUGGCCUCUGGUAGCAGAGGAGGAGCUCAGUCGCAGCAGUCCAUGUCCUCGUGGGGGAGCAACGUCCGGCCCUCGACGACGGAAUCGGUGAGCAAGGCGAUCGCGCAGUACACGGCAGACGCUCGCCUCCACGCCGUCUUCGAGCAGUCUGGCGAGUCCGGCAAAUCCUUCGACUACUCCCAGUCCGUGCGACCGCCGUCGCAGGAGAUCCCCGAGCAGCAGAUCACCGCCUACCUGUCCAGGAUCCAGCGAGGGGGAUACAUCCAGCCAAUCGGCUGCACCAUCGCCAUCGACGAGUCCACAUUCUCGGUGGUCGCCUUCAGCGAGAACGCCAUCGACAUGCUCGAUCUCACCCCGCAGUCGGUGCCCACCAUGGAUAAGAAGGCGGAGCCCCUCACCGUCGGUACCGACGUGAGGACGCUCUUCACUCCCUCCAGCGCCGUCCUGCUCGGGCGCGCCGCCAACGCGAGGGAGAUCACCCUGCUGAACCCCAUCUGGGUCCAUUCCCGGAGCUCCGGGAAGCCCUUCUACGCGAUCCUCCACCGGAUCGACGUGGGGAUCGUCAUCGACCUGGAGCCCGCCCGCUCGGAGGACCCCGCCCUCUCCAUCGCCGGCGCCGUGCAGUCGCAGAAGCUCGCUGUCCGCGCCAUCUCCCGCCUGCAGGCGCUCCCCGGGGGGGACAUCAAUCUCCUCUGCGACACCGUCGUCGUCCACGUCCGGGAGCUCACCGGCUAUGAUAGAGUCAUGGUCUACAAGUUCCACGAGGACGAACACGGGGAGGUGGUCGCAGAGAGCAAGCGCGAGGACCUGGAACCCUACAUCGGCCUCCAUUACCCCGCCACCGACAUCCCGCAGGCGUCGAGGUUCCUCUUCAAGCAGAACAGGGUGCGGAUGAUCGCAGAUUGCCAUGCCACGCCGGUGAGGGUGAUCCAUGACCCCAACCUGAUGCAGCCGCUGUGCCUGGUGGGCUCGACGCUGAGAGCCCCCCACGGGUGCCACGCCCAAUACAUGGCCAACAUGGGCUCCAUCGCCUCCCUAGUGAUGGCUGUGAUUAUCAACUCCGGCGAGGAGGACGAGGAAAGGGGCCACACCCACAGCCAUAGCCAGAUGAAGCUCUGGGGGCUGGUGGUCUGCCACCACACCUCCCCGCGCUGCAUCCCUUUCCCCCUGCGCUACGCCUGCGAGUUCCUGAUGCAGGCCUUUGGGCUCCAGCUGAACAUGGAGCUCCAGCUGGCCUCCCAGCUGAACGAGAAGCACAUCCUCCGGACCCAGACCCUCCUCUGCGACAUGCUCCUCCGGGACUCCCCCAGCGGCAUUGUCACCCAGAGCCCCAGCAUCAUGGACCUCGUCAAGUGUGACGGAGCCGCCCUCUUCUACCAGGGCAAGUACUGGCCGCUCGGCAUGACCCCCUCCGAAGAGCAGAUCAUGGAUAUCGUCGAGUGGCUGCUGGCCUCCCAUGGGGACUCCACCGGGUUGAGCACAGACAGCCUGGCUGACGCUGGGUACCCGGGGGCUUCCUCCCUCGGGGACACAGUCUGUGGAAUGGCCGUGGCCUACAUCACCUCCAGGGACUUCCUGUUCUGGUUCAGGUCGCACACUGCCAAGGAGAUCAAGUGGGGCGGCGCCAAGCACCACCCGGACGACAAGGACGACGGGCAGCGGAUGCACCCCCGGUCCUCGUUCAAGGCGUUCCUGGAGGUGGUGAAGAGCAGGAGCCUGCCGUGGGAGAAUGCAGAGAUGGACGCCAUCCACUCGCUCCAGCUGAUCCUGCGAGACUCCUUCAGGGAUGUCUCGAUGGUUGCUGGCAGCUCAAAAGCUGCUGUCUCUGGACAGGAUGGCAGUGGCAUGGAGCUGAGAGGGAUAGAUGAGCUCAGCUCCGUAGCCAGGGAGAUGGUGCGGCUGAUAGAGACUGCCACAGUGCCGAUCUUCGCAGUCGACUCCAAUGGGCUCAUCAAUGGCUGGAAUGCCAAGGUGGCUGAGCUGACUGGCCUCGCAGUUCACGAAGCCAUGGGGAAAUCCCUGGUCAAAGACCUUGUCUUCAAGGAAUCUGUGGACAUUGUUGACAAGCUUCUGAACAAUGCUCUCAGAGGUGAGCUCCUCUCUCUGCUUCACCUCCUUAUACAACUUUCAAUUUCCAGCACCUUUUCUGGGAGGAAAGAGCUAUUUGGUUCUGGAAUUAUUUUCCUGCGUUCUUCCUUGAUGCUUGCCUUCACCUACGGCAAGGGGGCAGUAGUAUUCACUGGAGAUGGGUUUUUUCAGGGGAGGAGGACAAGAACAUUGAGAUGAAGCUGAGGACCUUCAGCUCACAGGAUCAGGAUGGUGCCAUCUACAUCAUUGUGAACGCAUGCUCCAGCCGGGAUUACACGAACAAAAUUGUUGGGGUUAGUUUUAUUGGGCAGGAUGUUACCGGGCAGAAGGUGGUCAUGGACAAGUUUAUCCAAAUUCAAGGAGACUACAAGGCCAUUGUUCACAGCCCGAACCCCCUGGUUCCCCCCAUAUUUGCCUCAGACGAGGACACCUGCUGCUCGGAGUGGAAUACAGCCAUGGAGAAGCUCACAGGUUGGUCAAGGGUGGACGUGGUCGGGAAGUUGCUGGUGGGUGAGGUCUUUGGAAGCUGCUGCCGGCUGAGGGGCCCAGAUGCCCUGACAAAGUUCAUGAUUGUCCUCCACAAUGCCAUUGCAGGGCAUGAGACGGACAAGUUCCCCUUUGGGUUCUUUGACAAGGAAGGGAAGUUUGUUCAGGCUCUCCUAACAGCAAACAUGAGGAGUACAAUAGACGGGCAGUCCAUUGGGGCUUUCUGUUUCCUGCAGAUUGCGAGCCCCGACCUGCACCAGGCACUGGAGAUCCAGAGGCAGCAAGAGAAGAAGUGCUACUCAAGGAUGAAGGAGCUUGCGUACGUCUGUCAGGAACUGAAGAACCCCCUUAGUGGAAUCCGGUUCACCAACUCACUGCUGAGAAUGACUGAGUUGUCCGAAGAGCAGAAGCAAUUCAUGGAGACAAGUGCGUCCUGUGAGAGGCAGCUGUUGAAGAUCAUGAAAGAAGCUGAUUUGGAAAGCAUUGAGAACGGGUGAGUCCUUUGAUUUCAUUUUGUGAACAAAAGUCUCAUAUUGGUUAUUAUUCAAAUAAAUAGGCUGCAUGAUUUUACCUUCGGUUUUGGUUGGAUUGCCACACCCUAGUUAUGUUGACUACGUGAUGGAGCAUAAAGUCAGUUUGCAUGUAAGGGGCAAAUAGUCCUACACAAAGUUUCGAUUUUAAAUGAGGCCCUAUUUCUGCUUGAUUUUGAGUUCCAAGUUUCUUCCUUGUAUGAUUGUCAACUUCUGUUUCUUUAUGAUAAUUAACAAGAGUAGGACUGAAUAAUAUUCUGCGUUAAACAUUUUUAAAUAUUCAUCAGCACAUUCCCUGCUGAGUUGCCAACUUCUUAGGUCAGAAGUUCUCAGAUGCACUGAUCUCAUCAUUCUCCCUGUCCAGCAUACCUUUCUAUCUGUAUUUCUUAUUCAAAAUACUUGUAAGCAAUCAUCCUCUAAGGUUGCCCUCCCCCCUCUCCCUUUUUUAGGUGUCAUUCUUUGUGCAACUUAGCCAUUGUGUUCUGUUGUCCCCUCAAAAUCCGAUUAUAAAGUCCAUAUAACUUUAUCUGUGUAUAGUUAUGACACAAUCAUGGUUCAUGUGAAUAUCCUGAUUCAAGAACCUUGAAUAUCUGAGUAUAAAGUCAAGAACCUUGACCUUCAAUGGCAUGUGCUCUGAGGGCAUUCAUGUGGCUGGGAAAACAUUAGAAGCGUGUUUCAGUUUUCCAAAGGCCUGAUCAGUAUGAUUAGCAAACCUAUGGUCCUAUUUAAUUUAGGAGGGGACCUAAUUGGUAUAGCUGGAUUGGCCAUAGAUCAUCUUGACUUGUAUGCAAAUGGGCCAGUUUUCAUGCAAACUGUGCUUGCAUAUGAGAUGAGCUGACUUUCGUGGAGAUUGAAGAAAUGGUGAGCAGAGAUUAUAGGGACCCAAGCGGUCAUUACAGCUACUGCUUCUGAUGCUGGCCUUCAAAUGAGCGAAUUUUCCUCCAACUUAUGCUUACAUGCAUAUGAGGUGAGCUCUUUUCAUUGAGAACGAAGUAAAGGUUAGGCUGUCGUUGCAGCUACUGCUUCUGUGACCUUCAGAUGGAGAAGAAGAAAGAAAGAGGAAUACAGGGAGGCUUAUGUAUCAGGAUCUCUCUACAGGCUGUCACCGCUGCCCUAUUCUUCUAUCUUCACUAUCCCCCUCUGCCACCUCCUGCCUUUGCCUCUUGCUGCCUACCAUUCUGCGUACUUCUGCCUUCCCCAACUCCGUUUCUCUUAUUUAUCCAAACCCCCACUCUGUGCCACUGAAUGCAGAUUUAUACUUAUGUGUCUAGAUUUAGGUGGGGGAGGGAUGGUCAAGUGGGUACAUUUAAAUCAAAUUCUGUUCUCAGUCGAGACCAUCAUGAGUUCAUAAGCAUCCCUUGUUCUUUCAAUAAUAUUAGAGCCAUCGAUCUGGCCAAGUCUGUCUAACUGGACUUUAUGCUUGAUGUUUUUGGUUUGAAUGUAGUGUUUGAGAUCUGGCCUGCCUGGCUCAUCUAAUUGCUCCGUUUUUAUUUCUGUAAGUGCUUCGACGCCAAAUUUGUAAUGAACUCCCUGCCAAAGUUAACAGCUUUGAGGGGAUAUGGUACCCUGAAUUUGGGCCGGCUGAAGUAGUUUCAAGAGAAGCAGGGGAGGAAGUAGUGUUUAGAGGGGAGACAGAGGAGGUAGAUACUAAAAUGAGGUGGGGAAAAUAUGAACAGUCAUCUGAUGGCUUCGAAACUUUUCUCCACAGGGGCAGGCAAAGAUUAGCCAGAUGAUGGGAUCGGACUAAUCGGGUGGUUACUAAGAAUUUCUCUCUUGGUGAAACAAUUCACAGCCAGGAAGUCUCUGAAUCCAAAUUGUUGCAUCUCCAGGAUAAUUAGAGGAGUUGUGAGUGGGAAUUGAUAUCAGAAUCGAGAAAAGGGGAUUGCAAUUUUUAUUUGAAACGAUGAAUAGAUAGUCCUACGGAGCCACACCGGCAUGAUCAAGACCGGAUGUUUGUAGAUCGAGAAAAGUGUUUUAAUGGUGGAGGGAGCUGGUGAGAAGGAAUGCGACUGCAGCAUGACGAGCCCAGUCCGUACUUUUUGGACUGAUAUUACUCCAUCUAUAUUCUACGUGUGGCAAGGAAUGGUCUUGUAUUGCGUACUACAGAAAUUGGCCUGUGAUUAUCAAGAUGAUGAGCCCAGUCCAGUCGGUUUUGACUUGGACAGCUUGGACGAGCAUCAAACUGAUGCAGUUCUUGAGCGUGCAUACUAGUGCAGCAGGUCUAGCACCUCAAGUUGACCUAAUUUGAUUCUGACGAGUGAGAUUGUGCUCCACUGUCUGAUCACCCUUUUGAAUAAAUAGAAACGGAAAUUAGUCCGAAUUAGGUCAACGCCAAAGAUUAGAAAGUUAGUUCCUAAUUCUUUCUUUCCAUUUGAUUCCACCACAGACGCUGGCCUCUAAUUUCUUUAUUCUCGGAAAUCUCCUGCGACAGGUCCUUGGUGCUGGAUGAGUGCGAGUUCGUUCUCGGGGGCAUCAUUAAUGCCGUUGUCAGUCAGGUGAUGAUCUUGCUGAGAGAGAGAGGGCUGCAGCUGAUACGGGACAUUCCAGAGGAAAUCAAGGUGAUGGCCGUCUGUGGCGACCAAGUCAGGAUUCAGCAGGUUUUGGCCGACUUCCUCCUGAACAUUGUGCAGUAUGCGCCGCCCCAGGCGGGCUGGGUGGAGAUCCAGAUCAGGCCGACCAUGAAGCAGCCUUCUGACGAAAUGGAAGCAGUCCACCUCCAAUUCAGGUAGAUUAAUAGUGUUCUAAUCCUCAUCUGUGUUAAAUAAUGCUUUCAAUUCAAUAUUUAAAGCGUCGUAUUUUUCAAUUAUUUUUUUCCCUCUUAAAGCCCAUCCUUUUUUAGAUCGACGAACAGUGUUCUGAUCCUCAUCUUCAUCGAAAUAAUGCUAUCAAUUCAAUAUUCUAUGCAUCGUAGUUAGUUUUCAAUAUUUUUUUCCUUGUUAAGUAUAUAUCUCCAUGUUUUUAUAGAUAUAGAUUAUCAGUGUUCUAAUCCCCAUCAUUGUUGUAUAAUGCUGUUAAUUCAGUUCAUGAUAUGUUCUUCACUAUCUUAUGUCAUCAAACUUCUGGUGAAUUGGAACUUGUUCAAUCGAUCUGAUCGAUUUGAGAAUAAUCCUCUUCGUGUGUUCUUGGAUCAUCAGGAUGGCGUGCCCAGGAGACGGCCUCCCACCGGAGGUCGUCCAGGACAUGUUCCACAACUCCCAGUGGGUGACCCAGGAAGGCCUCAGCCUGAGCGUCUGCCUGAAGAUUCUCAAGCUUAUGGGCGGCGAGGUCCAGUACAUCAGGGAGUCGGAGAGGUGCUGCUUCCACAUCACCAUGGAGCUCCCUGUCGCUCCUUCGCCCGCUGGUGGUGCUGGUGGUGCUGGUGGUGCUGGUGGCGGUGGCAGCAGCGGCAGUGGCGGCAGCAGCGGUGGUGGCAGCGGCAGCGGCAGCGGCAGGGGGAAAUAG